GAAGCACACCUUGAAUGUCUUCCGGUCGUCGCUAACAAAACAACAAAGGGGAGAAACUUCUUGAACAACUUUGGAGCAACUGCGCAUGGAUUGGGUUUUGUUGUGGUUUUUUGCUUUGUUAACUUUGGUCGCAUUGCUAUGACAUUGGCUAGUGGGGUGGAGUCGACCUGGGACCUGGGACCUGGGACCAGGGAGCAGACCAGCAAUUCCCCUAUUCAGUGGUUGGUUGUCAGUCAAAACAUACGUCCGUUCAAGCGGUCUACCAUUCAAAUACCUUAUUGAUCGACGGGCUUGGAAGAAUAUUUGGCGCAUGUGGCAAAUACGUCAGAUUUUAGCCAGAUGGGUGCCUAGACUUGUAAAUAAACAAAUCCUAAAACAGCCCACAAAAUAAAUACCACAACGAAAAUCCCUCCACAUUGGUAAACACUCGAAUGCAAGUCUGCCCCUGUGGUCCCAUAUGUGUUCGUGUCUGAACUUUCAAACAGAAAAAUUUAUAAACAUUUUAUGUGCUAAAUGCAAAGCAAUGCGACGUGCAAACAUCAAACGUGGCCAAUGUUUGAGCUUAAGACCUCAAGGUAGCAGCAAAAUGGAUCGCUAUGAGAAGCUCAGUCGGUUGGGCGAAGGUUCCUAUGGCGUGGUAUACAAAUGCCGGGAUCGGGAAACUGGUGCUUUGGUGGCGGUGAAGAGGUUUGUGGAGUCAGAAGACGAUCCGGCCAUACGAAAAAUUGCACUUAGAGAAAUUAGGUUACUUAAGAAUCUCAAGCACCCGAACCUCGUCUCCCUGCUGGAAGUGUUUCGACGCAAGCGGCGCCUCCACCUGGUCUUCGAGUUCUGCGAGCUGACCGUGCUCCACGAGCUGGAGCGCCAUCCGCAGGGCUGCCCGGAGCACCUGACCAAACAGAUCUGCUACCAGACGCUGCUGGGCGUGGCCUACUGCCACAAGCAGGGCUGCCUGCACCGGGACAUCAAGCCGGAGAACAUCCUGCUGACGGCGCAGGGCCAGGUGAAGCUGUGCGACUUCGGCUUCGCCCGGAUGCUCAGUCCGGGCGAGAACUACACGGACUACGUGGCCACCCGCUGGUACCGGGCGCCGGAGCUCCUGGUGGGCGACACCCAGUACGGCACCCCCGUGGACGUGUGGGCCAUCGGGUGCCUGUUCGCCGAGCUGGUGCGCGGCGAGGCCCUGUGGCCGGGCCGGAGCGACGUCGACCAGCUGUACCUGAUCCGCAAGACCCUGGGCGACCUGCUGCCGCGCCACAUCCAGAUCUUUGGCCAGAACGAGUACUUCAAGGGCAUCACGCUGCCGGUGCCGCCGACGCUCGAGCCGCUGGAGGACAAGAUGCCGGCCAAGUCGCUGCAGAACCCGCUGACCAUCGACUUCCUCAGAAAGUGCCUGGACAAGGACCCGGCCAAGCGCUGGUCCUGCGAGAAGCUCAUCAAGCACUCCUACUUCGACGACUACAUCGCCAAGCAGCGCGAGCAGGAGCACGUCAGCAGCCUGGAGGCGGCCAAUCUGCGCCAGCAGCAGCUCGCCUCCCAGCAGUUCAUGCUGGCCACGGCGGCCCAGCAGCUGCAGACGGGUCCGGCCCAGGCGGCGGCCAUCGCGGCGGCCCGGGAUAAAUCCAAGACUUCAAACACAUCAUUACCGCUGCUGCCUAGCACGCAGCAUCAUCACCACCCGCAUCAAGACUACGUGAAGCUGCAGCCCUUGAACAAGAACGCAAACCUCCUUCAUCGCACCGAACAUCAUCUGCCAACAAUUUGAGCAGAACUUGCAGUUAACAAAUGUCCUUGCGUUGCUAAACAUUUUUCGCAAAAGUUGGCACAGAAUUUAUAUUAUUUACUGCUGGGAAUAAAUGUAUAAAAAUAAUCCAUUAAUAAAUCACUGGGUGCAACGUCAUUCAAUGCUUGGGAUUCAUCCU